UGUUAUAAUGUAAUGACGUGUCCACUUCACCUAAACCAAAUCGCCAACAUUUUCUUCCACCACCAACACAAACAACAAAUCUAAAAUGGCAGCAACAGACAUUGCAUUACAAGCAGUAAUUCUGUUACUAACCCUAGCAAUGUUCAUAGCACUUCAAUAUUUCCCCAAACAAGCCCUUAACAGACUCCGAACCAAAAACCGAACCGCCCUCCAAUCCAAUCGCCACUUCCUUCAAUCCACUCAGUUCCUCUCCAAAGCUAAAUCAACCUCCAGUAAAUCCCAAUCUCAAACCCUAGCUAAAAACGCACUCCUCGAAGCCGAAACGGCGAUCACUUUAUCUCCUCGCGAUCCGGCGCCGUUGAUUCUCAAAGCGUUAGCUCUCGAUCUCCUCGGCCACAAGGCGUCGGCGGUGAAAUCGCUUGAUUUGGCGCUUUCUGCUCCGCGCGUGAAUUCGCUCUCCGAUAGGGAUCGUGGCGAUGCGCUUGUGAAGAGAGGUGAGCUGAAGAUGGCGGUGAAUCGGAGACGGCGAGUUGACUCAGCGAUUGAGGAUUUAGAAGAAGCGGUUAGACUGAGCGGUGAAAGUGAGAGAGUGUUUUGUUUGUUGGGCCAGUGUUAUGAGUCGAAAGGUGUAAAGGAGGAGGCUAGACUUGCUUAUGAGAAGGCUUUAAAGGCCCAUCCUAAAUCAGUUUUGGCUCUUGAAGGUUUGGGCCGGUUGGGCUUGUGAAUUGUAAUUGGUAGGUUGUAACACUUCUGAAUUGUAGGGGAAUUUUUUUGAGAAAUGUACACAAGGUCUAUUACCUAUUUUAAAAGAACAGUUUACAUUUA